AUGGUUCAGAAAUGUUCAGACUUGGGAACCGGUUCAUCAUCAAGAGCUACCGGGCCGGCGGCUCGAAGCCUCUGAGCUACUUCCACCUGGUGCUGGACCCGGCCAGCUUCAGCCGGACCGUGGAGAACGUCUACCACCUGUCCUUCCUGGCGCGCGACGGGAUGCUGGCUUUGGAGAAAGGUGAGGCUGAUCUUGACCAACAGAUGGCGCUGUUCCCUACUUAGUACGGCGCGCUGCCCCGCGCCAACAAUCCUGCAUCGCGGUGACGAAGUUUUUUACCCUGCAAAGUAUAGCACUACUAUGCCAGCUUUUCCGUCUUGGGUCACACCACGCGCGAGGAAUGGAUGUCACAAUCCACAUGGCUGAUCAACGACCGCAGAGAGCUGCACCUAAAGUUAAACAAGUAAACGUAUACCACCUGUCCUUCCUGGUACGGGACAGAAUGCUAGCUUUAGAGAAAGGUGAGUCAUCGUCAGCAUUU